AUGCCUACCGAUUUGAAGUAUAUAGGGGCGCAGGUGAUAAUGCGAUAUUACCUGGUUACCCUGAUAUCGCAUUUGAUGGUAUACCUUCGGGCAAAAGGGAUUUAUAGUUUGGGAACGGUUCGGGUAAAUCGGAUACCAAACUGCAAGCUCCCAAACGAUAGUGCCAUCAAGGAAAAGCCAAGAGGUUUUUCAGUUGAGUACGUGGGUUCCUCAUAUGGAGUGGAGGUUAGUAACGUACUGUGGAAAGACAACAAGGCCGUUCGCUUAUUAUCGACCUAUGUGACCGUUAAGCCGUUUAUAAGUUCAAAUACUCAAGGAGGAACACCAAAGGCAGCUCGUUACGACAGAAAGUCGAAGCGCAAUGCAGAAAUUGACUGCCCACAAGUUAUAUGGGUAUAUAACGCUCAUAUGGAAGGCGUGGUUCUGAUGGAUGGGCUUAUGGGCCGAUACCAUAUAAGAAGUAAAACUCAGGAUGCUGCAACCCGAAUUUUCUACCAUUUAGUAGAUAUGGCAACAACAAAUGCCUACAUCCUAUAUAGACGAAUCCAAAAGGAAACCAUGAGCAGCGAGGAAUUCAUUGAACUUCCGAAUUUCCGAGAAUCUAUUGCUGCGGGUCUAGUGGGCUACCAGUCAAAAAACUUGCCAGGUCGUCCACUCAUGAAGAACAAUUUACCUUCACCAUCUUCAUCUUUGUCUGCGCGAUCAAGUCGGUCGCCAUCACAGACUCUGCUGUCACCAAUUUCUCGGCGACCAUUGCAGCCACAACUCAAACAAGGCCAAAAAUCAAAUCACCCAAUAAAGGACUUGAGGUUUGACCAUUUCAAUCAUUUUCCAGAGUUGGAUCGCAUUACGGGAAAAAGAAGCUGCAAGCACUGCAAAACUUAA